AUAAAAAUCUGUCAAUAAAUGUCUAUUUUGACAUUGACAAGUUAAAAUAAAAUUUCUCGGCAUCGGUAAUUUUUUUCUUGUUCUAGAUUUGGUCUGUUUAAGAUAAAUGUAAAAAAUGGAUGAAUCAAAUCUUAGUGAUUCUAUUACAUUGGUAGUAGCAGAUGAUAACAACGUAUUAUGUUUUGUAAAUUUGAAAGAACUGAACGUAGUCACACUUCCCACGAUCAAAGUUAGGAAACACCGUGACUGGAAAGAUGUUGUGGAGAAAGAAUUACUUGAAUUGAUGGGAACGCAAACAUACUUAACAUUAGUCACGCAUAAAGUUACGAGAGUUUGGAUUCCAAUUGGAAACAGUGAUACAUAUAUUACUAACAUCGUAAUGUGGAUUAAAGUUUCUGCAGGUUUCAUGAAUUUUUUUUUGGUUCCAACCCAAGGAACGUAUGCUAAAUUGAAAUGGUUAAACAUUCGUGAUCUAAGUCGGUUUUAUAAUCUGUACAUGGUGGGAUCGCCGAUUUUCUUUGAGAUUUUCCCAAAACUUAAAGCAGAAUUAUUCGGACGAUACACUUUAACCUAUCCUAGUGCAAUCCAAGAAUUAGGUAGCUAUGCUGAGCUUAAUAACUACGCUUUUAAGAAAAACACGGGUGUCGCAUGUAUUGAUGAAAUGAUUGAGGAAUCUUCGAUUGCAACAUCAAGAAGAGUAGUUUACAUUCAUUUUCUGCAACUGGUAUUUCCGGAUAUUGUGAUGUCAGGCGGGAACUUUAUGAACGUGGUUACUCAAAUGGGUUUUAACCGUUUAGAAGGAGCACAUUUAUUCAGAGCGGCUGAUGUAACUAGUCGAGGAUUUCUCACUUUCAACGAAUACUUUGGCAUUUGUUGUGCUUUGGAACCCGAUGCGAAACAUUCCGGCAACUGUGGAAAAGCAAGAGCAACGUAUAUCUUUCGCUACAUGAAUGUGACCGGAACCGGCAAGCUUACGAUAACUGAGUUAAGAGAACUUGCAAUUCUAGUACGCAAAAGUCGGUUGUUACCUGUAGACGCUGCGAAUCUAGAAAAAGAGUUACGAGAAAUUGCAACAAUACUGAAUGUUGGUCCGGACAAGGCAAUUGAUGGAGCAGAAUUUGUCAAAUAUGCAGAAGACCUUCGUAUUCGUGGUAUAAGCAAUAUCUUAAGAAGUUCUAAAAGCAUUCUUAUUGUGAUUGCCAAUGCAAAUGCUUCAAGAUUAAGUAAACCAGAAACCAAAGUUAUUUCAAAUUUGACUUCUAAAACUAUUUCUAUUGAACGUUCUGUGAAAAACACUACGAAAUGGGAGGUGGCUACGCAUUCUCUAAGAAUCAGUAACAGUGGUACUGAAAUAACAGUCAAGUCCAUUUUUAAUACAGAUAAUUUUAAGAAAGAAGACUUGGAUCGUGCAAAUAUCACAUUGGAAAAUAGACGCCCUUCACUUGACAGCUUUUCCAAGAAAAACAUUUGCAACGAGGUUGUGGAUAUGACUAAAGAAUUAGCUAAUAUCAAUUCUAUAAAAAGCGGCAAUCAGGGACUUAAGUUACGGGAAUAUGUUUGGAGUCCAAUGAGUUCCGUAGUUUUUGCACAAAAAUUAAUGCAGGUCUGUCAAUUGGCCAUAGAAGUUUUGAUCAAGGAGCCUCGAUUGUUAAAGAUAUCUACUCCAUCAAUUGUUUUAGGUGAUUUUCAUGGUAAUUUUGGAGAUUUGUUAUGUUUUGAAGAAAUGUUAUGGCCCCUCUCACCCCGAUACAAUCCUUCAUCUAUUCUGUUUCUUGGCGACUAUGUUGAUCGAGGAUUUUAUGGUAUUGAAAUUGUUGCAUAUUUAUUUGCAAAUAAAAUUUUGCAUCCAACUAAGUUUUUUCUGUUGAGAGGAAAUCAUGAAGUGCGCGAAGUGCAGCAGAUGUUUACCUUUUUAAGUGAAUGCAUUAUUAAGUUUGGUGAACAACAAGGUCGAAUAGUGUGGGAAACCGUAAACACUGUUUUUGAUCAUAUGCCAAUAGCUGCUGUAAUCGAUGGAAAAUUGUUUUGUUGUCAUGGAGGGAUUCCUCCGCCAUGGCUGUGUCCCUCUGUAGAAGCAAUAAAUAGAAUUCCAAAACCAUUAGCUCAUCCUGAUCUAAAAAGUCCUCUGGCGUGGGAAAUUCUGUGGAACGAUCCUAUCAAAUCAUCAGAUAUUACCAGAGAAAUCCAAAUUGAGCUUGCGGCCAAUUUUGGAUUUGCACAAAAUCCGAAACGUGGUACUGCUCACGUUUUUAAUUGUGCAGCAACGUCUAGUUUUUUGAAAAAUAAUAAUUUCUCGCAUAUUAUUAGAGCACAUGAAUUGGCUAUGACAGGAUUUAGUAUUUUUCAUAGAGGCAAACUUAUUAGUUUAUUCUCAACGUCGAAAUACAACGAGAAUAACAACGAAUCUGCUUGUUUGUUUAUUGAUAAUUACGUCAUCCAAAUAAUCAGAUUAUCACCAGGUCAUUAGAUGAAUAAUUUUUCAUAAAGACACAGUUCUUAUAAUAACAACAACUCCUUCUGAAUGAUAGUCACGUGAAUCAAUUGAUCCCAGGUCAUUCAGUGAUAUGUAAAAUUUAAACAAUAUUGUAUUUGAGAUAUUUAAAGUAAAGGAAAAUUUGUAUAACUAA